AUGGGGAGCCUCGACGGCCACUCGCUGCAGGGCCACCACGGCUACGCCCACUCCCACGUCGGCGCGGGCCCAGACAGCAGCAACAACAACGACGACGAGGACGACGCGUCGCCCCCGCCUGCCGGUGCCGGGGCGGGAGGCGCAGGUCCUCGCCGGCCGCGGGGGAGGCCCCCGGGGUCCAAGAACAAGCCGAAGCCGCCCGUGGUGGUGACGCGGGAGAGCCCCAACGCGAUGCGCUCCCACGUGCUGGAGAUCGCCAGCGGCGCCGACAUCGUGGACGCCAUCGCCGGCUUCUCGCGCCGCCGCCAGCGCGGCGUCUCCGUGCUCAGCGGGACCGGCGCGGUCACCAACGUCACGCUGCGGCAGCCCGCGGGGGCCGGCGCCGCGGCCGUCGCGCUGCGCGGCCGGUUCGAGAUACUGUCCAUGUCCGGGGCUUUCCUCCCGGCGCCGGCGCCGCUGGGGGCCACGGGGCUCGCCGUGUACCUGGCGGGAGGGCAGGGGCAGGUGGUGGGCGGGAGCGUCAUGGGGGAGCUCAUCGCGUCCGGCCCGGUCAUGGUGAUCGCCGCCACGUUCGGCAACGCCACCUACGAGAGGCUGCCGCUGGACCAGGACGCCGAGGAGGGCGCCGUGCUGUCCGGGUCGCCCGAGGGCGCCGCCACCGCGCAGCAGCUGGAGCAGCAGCAGAGCAGCGGGGGCCCCGUCGUGCCGCCGUCGUCCAUGUACGCCGUCCCGCAGACGCCGCCGCACGACAUGUUCGGCCAGUGGGGGCACGCGGCUGUGACGCGGCCACCGCCGACGUCGUUCUAG